UAAUAUUGAUAUAAUCUAAGUACGAGUUAGCAAAUUACAAUACUUCCGGUCAAUGACACGAAUUUCCUCGGGGCACUUUAAAAAAUGAUCUGCUUUUACAUUUUGUGUUUUUAAAAGUAAAUGGCAACUAAUAAGUCAUCAUUAGAAGAAAAGAAAAAUGAACUAUCAUCAAAAGAUUCUAUAGAAUAUGAGAAAAUCAUGGAAAAGAAACUACACGAAGACGACGAUGAGUUUAAAGAAAAGUUCGAGGAGAACAAACUUAUAAAAUCUGAUGACGAAACCCAACCUGCUGAUAUUGGAGGCAGGACGUAUUACUCAAUCUUAUUGUCCAUUUCUCUUUUAUCAUUAAUAUCAAGGCUUUACAACAUUGAUAAGCCCUCUCAUGUUUGCUGGGAUGAAACUCACUUUGGGAAAAUGGGAAGCUGGUACAUUAAGAGGGAAUUCUUCUUUGAUGUUCACCCACCUUUAGGGAAGAUGUUGGUAGGACUGUUUGGUAUUUUGACUGGUUAUGAUGGGGAAUUCCCCUUCGGAAAACCUGGUGAUGAGUAUGGUGAAACAAAAUAUGUUGGAAUGAGAGUGUGUUGUGCUAUUAUGGGAGCUGCGUUAGUUCCUCUGGCAUACAUGUCAGUCUGGCUCCUGACUAAGUCCCUCAUGUCCUCACUUUUUGCAGCACUUCUGAUCUUGUUAGAUGUUGGGACAUUGACUCUUUCUCGUCACAUUUUACUGGAUCCGAUAAUGAUGUUCUUCAUUAUGAUGUCAACUUAUUGUCAACUCAAAUUUCUGUCAUAUCAUAACAGACCAUUUUCAAUACCCUGGUGGAUUUGGUUGGCCUUAACAGGGACAUUUAUGGCAGCAGCAAUUGGAGUAAAGUUUGUUGGUUUAUUCAUCAUUUUAUUUGUGGGAAUGUCCACUAUUCAUGAUCUGUGGAGAAUAUUAGGAGACAAAACCUCGGUUGUUAAGCAUUUCAUUGCUAGAGCACUGUGCCUUAUAAUACUACCUGUGAUAAUGUAUAUUGCAAUAUUUGCCAUCCAUCUCAAAAUUCUGAAUCACAGUGGCAAUGGAGAUGGAUUUUACAGCUCAGCAUUUCAGUCACAACUGAUUGGUAACAGACUGUACAAUGUUAGCAUGCCAGAGAAUGUGGCUUAUGGCAGUGUAAUAACUUUAAAGCAGAGGAGAACAGGAGGGGGUUACCUCCACUCUCACUGGCACCUCUACCCUGAAGAACACCCUCCAAGACAACAGCAGAUAACCACUUAUGCACAUAAGGACUUCAACAAUGAGUGGAUCAUUAAGUUGGCUGACAGAGAACCAGAGCCAGGAGACUCGGCUCAGCUGGUUGUGUCUGGUGAUCUGGUCAGGCUCGAGCACAAAGAGACCAGAAGAAAUCUUCAUAGUCAUACAGAGCCAGCCCCACUCAGUAAAAGACAGUUCCAGGUGUCGGGUUAUGGAGUGAAUGGUACAGGGGAUGCUAACGAUGUUUGGAUUGUAGAAGUAUUGGGAUCUCCUCCAGGUACCGCCAUCCAGACAGCAAAGUCACAUCUGCGUUUUAUCCACUACCAUGUCCGAUGUGUUCUACACUCCCAUGAUAAGAAACUCCCAAAAUGGGGAUGGGAACAGCUUGAAGCCACUUGUAAUCCAAAUAUCAGGGAACCAAAAGCUGUGUGGAGUGUGGAAGAAGUCACAGACAAAAGAUUGCCAAAUGCCAGUUUUGAAAUUUAUUCACCUUCGUUUAUGGAGAGGUUCAUGGAAAGCCAUGCUGUAAUGACACAGGGAAACAGUGGACUAAAGCCAAGGGAAGGGGAGAUAACCUCCAGGCCUUGGCAGUGGCCCAUAGAUUACAGGGGCCAGAUUUUCUCAGGGAAGGAUCACAGAAUUUACCUGCUGGGGAACCCUGUCAUUUUCUGGGGAUGUCUGGCGGCCCAUGUGUUGUUUAUUGUUUACUUUUUGGCUCAUUCAGUAAAAGCCCAGAGAGGACACAGAGAAAACAAAAUCUGGAGAAAUCACAAGGAGACCAUGCUGACAGCCUGUUGGUGGCUCCUUCUGGGAUGGGCUCUGCAUUAUCUCCCCUUCUGGCCAAUGACUAGAGUACUCUACUUUCAUCACUACUUCCCUGCCUUCCUCUUCAGUGCCAUGUUAACAGGUGUGAUCCUGGACCACACAGUGAUUUUACUGAUGACCUUAGCCCCCGAGAGCCUGGCGGGGACAGUUUUCCAUACGGUGGUUGGGUCUCUGAUAUCAGGGCUUCUAUUGAGCUUCUACCUGUUUUCUCCACUGACUUAUGGUAUGGAUGGUCCAAUGGCCCACGAAGAAGGCAGCAGUAUGGCAGGAAUAAAGUGGUUGAACUCUUGGGACAUUUAAAACAGAUUCCAUGAAUGGUCUGACUGAGCAGUUUUAACAGUGCAAAAUUAAGACUGGUCCAUUUUUCUGAAGAAUGCGUCUAUUGAUCCAAUUAGUUCUGUUCUAGUUACUUAAGGUGGAAAUCUUUUGAUUUGAAAUGAAGUCAGGAAAUCUGUUCUUUCUAUUUAAUUUCUAUAUAAUGUCAACUGAUAGGUUCCUUACACCAACAGGGUAAUUUGGUGCAUAAAUUGCUUUAUAGUAUACAGAUGUAUAAAUAUGUUUUUGCUUUAUGUAAAACAUAUUGAAUAAUACAUUCCAAAGAAUUUAUUGGUACUUUCCAUGUGUUCAUUUUUUUUAAUUUUGCUUUUUUUGAAAUUAUUAUUUGCAUUUUGUAGAUACUCAAAUUAAUUUCAAUUAAAAAAUACUUUUUUUGUUAUUUACCCGUAUAUGUAUUUCAAUUUGUUUAAAUUUUUUGCUAAUCAAAUUUUGCAAUAUAAUAACAACCAAUAUGUUUGCUUUUUGGUUGUGAGUUUUAAUUUUGCAGCUUUGUGUAAAUCUAAAAUAUACACAAAAUAAUGCUUUAAUGCUUAUUUAAUGCUUAUUUAUAUCCAUUUGUCGAAUUUUUCUUUAGGUAAUGUAACUGCUUGUGCCAUGUGAUAAAUAUACAAUUAUAUAAUAUGUUAUUAUUUACACACUGGUUGUGUGCUGCUUUAAUUUCACUUAAAUAAAGCCACCUUUUUAUGCAAAUAUUUUUUUUAUAUUUAUAGUUUUUUUUCAAAUAUCAGAUGCUUUAAAUUAAACCACCCUAUUUGUUUUUGCAUAAAAUGCAAAUUACUUGAUUUGUACUGAACUGGGGAUUUUUUAAUCAUGAUAUUAUAUUAAACUUAUAAGUAUACACUGUAUGUACUUAAAGAAAUGAUACUUGUACCUUUUACACUAAAACAAAGAAUUUCAUGUGAAAGAGAACAAUUUUACACAUGUUCUUUUCAGUGUACUCUUUAUAAUUUUAUAGAAAUGUAGAUGCACAUAUAAAUGAUCUGGGUUUUUUUUCUGAAUAUGAGACUUCAAUCUAACAUUUAAUGUUAGCAUAUAGAGAACAAAGUAUUUGUAGUUAAUAGGAACUCUUUAUGUUCAUUUCUCUUCAUUCAGUCAUUCUCAAUCCUUUAUGAAUGUGAUAUGCAGUGGUUCCAAAGAACAUAGAAGAUCAUUUCUUUAUUUUCUGCAAUUUUUUCUUUUGACUUCAUCUAGUCAAGACUUGUCUCUUGGAUUUCCAACCAUGAAUACCAUUUAUAUAAGUACAUGCAUACUUACUUUGUGUAGUUUUUAGUCCAAUUUAAUAAAGUCUUACUUGACUGCAAUUUAUUAUUCAUGUUAGGGUGAAGUUGGUUUUUUUUUUCAUUUUGAAAAGUUUCCAUAUGAAAUCACAAUAUUUAUGUAUUUACAGUAAAACCACCAUACAGCAAUUGUUAUUUGUGUACAUAUUUUGCAUGUAUAGAUGUGAUAUUAUAUCUGCUGUGAAAAUAAACCUUAUUGUAUAUGAAAU